AUGAGUUAGACAGAACAAUACGUAUUGAAUUAUGAUAGCUAAUAUCUGGAUGUGUUUGGUUGCAUGCAUAACACAAAGAUCGCAUAUUCUGGGAAGUUGAUUUGUUAACAAUGUGGCAUAUUUAUUAGCAAUUCAUAGACAAGAGUGUACAAGACUAUCAAAAUGAGAUACAAUGCAUUUUUCAAUCCGAUGAACAUAUUGAAUAAUGCUUUGGCUCCUCAGAUAAUUUAAAAGCAUCAAAUAAAUCGUUCACCAGUUAUUGAUUUCAUUGAAUAAGCAUCAGAGAGAUUGAAUCUGAGUGCUACUACAUAAUUUUUGGCCAUAGCAUACUUAGAUCACUAUUUCAAUAAGCAGGGAGUAAAUGAAGAACAAAUAUAUUUAUAUGCUGCAACUGCUUUGAUGUUAGCAGCCAAAGCCUAGGAACUAGAUGAGAAGAUUCCUUUCAUAAGUAAAUUGAAGAGAUACUCAUCAAUGACAUCCCAUCCAGAAAUAAACAACUAUACAACUCAAGAUUUCAGAAAUGCAGAAAAGAGUAUUAUACAAUCACUUGAUUGGAAAUUGCAAAGAAUCACAUUGUUAGAUCGCAUAGAGACCUUGCUCUCUUUUGGAGUAAUUGAUGAUGAUGACAGUCUUGCAUAACAGUAGUCAUCCCAAUAGAAGGAGAAUAAAGAAUAGUAACAAGUCCAUGUAAAGUUAAAAGAUCUAAAUGAGACUUAGAUUUGUAAUUAUGUAAGGGAAGUAGAAAAUAAAUAUGUAGAGAUUGCUUUCACUGUUCUUAGGGGUAUGUUUAAAAUGUUCUAUUUAGAUGAUUCAAUUUAUUUCUCAAAUGACUAAUCUAUUUUGGCCUUAUCCUGCGUGGCUUAUUUAAGAAAGAAGGCUGGAUUAUUGAAUAUCUGGUCUUAAUAGCUAUAUGCUUUAACUGGAGAAUCAACCUAGAAAAUAUCGUCAACUGUUUCAUAAAUACUGACUCUUACUCCCAAGAGCAAGGUUUCCAAUUUAUCUAAACCUUUGGUCGCCACUUAGUCGAGUUCGUAUUUAUAAAACUUCUAGAAUCCUUCUUCUUAAACGAAGAGCUCGUAAGCCAAUAAUAGGCAAUAUCUUCUAGAGACCAACAAGUAAUCAACUGGAGACAUUUUCCAAUAAUACAAUACAACUAAAGCUUCAGUGAAGGUUCCUCUAUUUUAAUCUCAAUCGACUAUGUAAUUGUCCAAGAAUGAUAUCGUGAAACCACAUCAAUUAAAUUAAAGCAAAUACACAAGUAGGAAUACAAAUUUUCCCACAAAUACUACUACUACUACCAAUUAUACUUAUUUAAAUGAUCAAAUUUUCCAUCCGAAUUCCUACAUUAAACAUGUAGAAAUGGAUAAAAAGUAUGAAUAGGUUCAUAAAGUGAGUGAAACGAAAUUUAGAACCAAAUUGUUCAAUCAAUGA